AUGCACACGCCCCCCGACAACGCCAUUGACACUCCGCCCUACAUCCAAUUUCAACAAAACAUUUGCAUUGAGGGGAGACUCAUCCAGCAGCUCCAACUCCAUUUUUGCAAGGACCACUUUAUUCCUCUGCUAGUUUCCAAAUCACAAGCACAAUCUGAUGAACAGGAAGACCUGCACAGCAUUGACGUGCCUCUUCUUCCCAAUCCCAUCGUCUUAAAUGGAUGCAAUGACUCACCCAUGGGUUCCCCAAUAUCCAGCCUAGUUGCGGAAUUGGUCCUACAAGAGCUUGAAAAGGUUGCUUUCAGCCAUUACAAACCUGCGUUUUGGCGCCGAUACGUGGAAGAUACAUGCGUCAUUAUUGAAAAGGACAAGCUAUCGGGUUUCCAAGACCUACUUAACAGCAUAUUCCCCGACAUUCAGUUUACAAGAGAAGACGAGGAGGACGAAAAACUACCCUUCCUGGACGUGCUCGUCACGCGCACACCUGACGGUGAACUCAGUACUACAGUGUACAGAAAGGCGACCAAUACAACCCAGGUCCUCAACUAUCAUAGCAACCACCCAUUGGUGCACAAACGGGGCUGUGUGAGGGCGCUUUUCGACCGGGUAAAAACGCACUGUAGCGAGUCCGAAGGAAGGAUGCAAGAACUACGGCAUCUCCGGGACCAAUUAACAAAGAACGGCUACCCAAAUAGCUUUAUCAGUCGCUACAUACGCGCACACCCACGCCGGGCAAACGGAAGAGAGACACCAACAAUUUGGCACUCCAUACCGUACAUAAAGACUGUGUCCGAGGCUACAGAACGCAUCGCGUCAGAGCUAGGCGUGGGCAUCGCUCAUCAUCCGGCGGCCACCAUGCGUAGCAGGAUCAUGAAAAUGAAGGAUCGGCUGGACGCAGGUGAACAGUCGGGCGUAGUCUAUCGAAUCCCGUGCCAAAACUGUCCUUGCCACUACACAGGCCAGAUAGGACGACGUCUGAGCUCACGAAUACUUGAGCACAAACGGGCCGUUCGGAGAGGCGACCCACUGUCUCAAGUAGCCACUCACACGCUCGAGGAAGGGCAUGAGUUCGAGUUCGCCAACACGCGGAUAUUGGCGCGAGCCGGCAACAAGACAGGGCGAGAGCUGUUGGAGGCGUGGGUGUCGAACACCAACUCCAGCAACAGACACAUCGAUUUGCCUGCGUGUUAUCACGCGCUCCGCCCACGCAGCCAGGUGGCGCAGCUCACACCGUCGCGAAGUGCAAAUGGCGUCACCACGCCGGGGGAACAUCGUGGACCAGGCGGCACAAACCCUACCUAG